GUGAGUGAGUGCGCAUGCGCAGGAAGAAGGCAAGGAAAGGUACUCAUACCGGUGAAUGCAGAAGCACCAUGGCCGACAAAGCGCAGAUACAAGAGGCGAUCAAAGUACAAGGAGAGGUGGUGCGAAAACUUAAAACAGAAAAAGCCAGCAAGGAACAGUGCUAGGGUCGCUCACCACUUUUCUCCUGUUCUUCCUGCUUGCUGCUGCUGCUCCUGUGGUUCCUCCAUAUUUCUUCUAUACUCAUCAUCAUCAUCAUCAUCAUCGGCAUCGUCUUGCUCUCCUGAUUGGUGGACGCUUCCAAUUGCUUGGAUUUCACGUGUUCUGGACCUGACCUGCGGAUGGUGUCCGAUUCCUGAACUCUGGUGCGACGACUGUGUGUGUGUUGUAAAAUGGCCACCCUGGGCUUGGUGUGUGUGCGUCUCUGCGCUGGACUGAUGGCACGCCGGGCUUCGCCGUGGCUCCGCCCCCUGCGCUGCCUUUCUGGGAUGACCGUAUCUCAGAUUGAUGAAGAAGUCGCCAAACUGUUAGAGCUGAAGGCUCGGCUCGGAGGAGACGAUGGCAAACAAAUGUUUGUUCUUAAGACAGCGAAGGGGACCAGGGACUACAACCCCAAACAGAUGGCCAUCAGAGAGAAGGUAUUCAACAUCAUCAUCAGCUGCUUUAAACGCCAUGGAGCCGAGACCAUCGACACCCCUGUCUUUGAGCUGAAGGAAACACUGACAGGGAAAUACGGUGAAGACUCCAAACUCAUCUACGACCUGAAGGACCAGGGAGGAGAGCUGCUGUCUCUCAGAUACGACCUCACUGUACCAUUUGCUCGCUACUUGGCCAUGAACAAGAUAACAAACAUCAAACGCUAUCACAUCGCUAAAGUGUACCGCAGAGACAACCCCGCCAUGACCCGGGGCCGCUACCGAGAGUUCUACCAGUGUGAUUUCGACAUCGCGGGACAGUAUGACCCGAUGAUCCCGGACGCUGAGUGUUUGAAAAUCGUUUACGAGAUCCUGAGUGAACUGGACCUGGGAGAAUUCCGCAUUAAGGUGAAUGACCGACGUAUUCUAGACGGUAUGUUUGCCGUGUGCGGCGUUCCAGACGAGAAAUUCCGUACCAUCUGCUCCACUGUGGACAAACUGGACAAGUUGCCAUGGGAGGAUGUGAAAAAUGAGAUGGUGAAUGAAAAAGGCCUGUCUGAGGAUGUGGCGGAUCAGAUUGGGGAGUACGUCAGCAUGCAGGGUGGACUGGAUCUGGCAGAGAGGCUGCUGAAGGACCCGAAGCUUUCUCAGAACAAGCAGGCGUGUGCCGGCCUCACCGACAUGAAACAGCUGUUCGGUUACCUGCAGCUCUUCCAGGUCACAGAUAAGGUAGUGUUUGAUCUGAGUCUAGCACGUGGCUUGGACUACUACACCGGUGUGAUCUACGAGGCUGUGCUGUGUCAGACGCUCCAGCCCCAGACGCCGGCAGUCGCGGAGCAGGACGGAGUCGUACCUGGGGACGAGGCGGGGGUGAGCGUGGGCAGCGUGGCAGGCGGAGGGCGAUACGACGGACUGGUGGGCAUGUUCGACCCCAAGAGCCGUAAAGUCCCCUGUGUUGGCGUCAGCAUCGGCAUCGAGAGGAUCUUCUCUAUAAUGGAGCAGAAAGCCGAGUUGUCUUCAGAGAAAGUCCGUACCACAGAAACGCAGGUUCUGGUUGCUUCAGCACAGAAGAACCUUCUGGAAGAAAGACUGAAACUGACAGCUGAGCUGUGGAACGCAGGAAUUAAGGCUGAGGUGCUAUAUAAGAAGAACCCCAAGCUGUUGACUCAGCUACAGCACUGUGAGGAAUCUGGCAUCCCUCUGGUAGCCAUUUUGGGGGAACAGGAGCUCAAAGACGGAGUCGUCAAACUGCGCAACGUGGCCAGUCGAGAAGAAGUGGACGUAUCCCGGGCGGAACUGGUGCACGAAAUCAAGAAGCGGACAUCGCUUGUUGAGAGUAAACCGUGACCACUCAGCAGAGACGCACUUCCUUUAUCAUUAUUUAUCAUGCACCGAUAUACGCAGGGUCCGAGAGUCCCAUCACAACUUUUCACAUGUACCCACAAUGCAUUACUCUAGCAUUUCUGUUCUCAGUCUGUUUCCUGCCUGUAAUAAAUAUCGAUACCUGAUCCAGACAAAUAUGCUAAAUAAAUGUGCUCUUAUCCUACU